AUGCAGACGAGACCUUACACAUGUUGCACUGCCCGACCUUACAGAGCAAAGGGGGAAAGCAAGUCUCGACAACCGCCGUCUUCCGAAGGUUUGCUUGGACUUACCUCUAGUGUAUGGCAGGUGUCUGCUGAUGGAUGGGCCAACUGCAUGUCAAAGCGCACCUUGCCUCAUCAUCAUUAUCAUCAAAAGCUCGGCAGGACUUGCCCGGCUUGGUUUGACUUUGGCGCGCCAGGUGCCAAUCAAGGGAGGCAUGUAAAAGCCCCGGGAGGGGAGGCGUAUCAGAUUGUCAGCUCUGAACUUCUCUCUCGUGCGUAUUCGUCACAUUUGAAUGCGGAUAAUGGGCGAAGAGGGGAGGUAAUGGGUAGUACAAGGUGCCACUGGCUCGAGGGUCUGGUCGUUGCGAUGCACCACUUGAAUGAAGCUGGACUUUCACAACUUCCCUCAGAGGGUAGCAGAUGCACAACAUCAGCCGAUGGUUACGCGUUGGCGUCAACGUCAACGGCUGUCCGCGAAUCAAACGAUAUUGCACAUCGCCUUGCCUCCGCAUUUCCUUCUUCGCUCCUCGUCUCGCGGCGACCUGAAGACUUGAACAAAGCCCAGCCCACGGCCAGGCGGCCACCACGCCCUCUGCAGGCGAAGUCGUACGCGCACACACUCACACACACAAUACGCGGCCACCCACAUCCAGCCGUUUACUGCAAGGUACCCCUUCCUCAUCUUUUCGCUUGUGUCAGGCAUACCCGCCGUGUCCCCGAUAUCAGUAUAGCUCAAGGUUGCCAGUUGAUGUCGGAGUUUUCAUCAUUGAUAGCGACAGAGUUUGCCAGGUCUGGGUCAAUCUCGUUGGUGAUGGUGAUUUGCAGGCGACGGGUAGAAGCGCGCCAUCAAUCCAUCGAGUGCACAGAAAAUGAUCGAGGGAGCAGUUGUGGCCAUGGAUGGGAUAUGACAAUCUGGAGUCAGGGAGAUAACACAGUGGUUUGA